GAGAUUGCUGCCCUCGUCGGGCUGUCUGCCGCACUCGUCUCCAGGGGCACGAGGCAGGUGAAGCGACGCGCAGACGACGAGGACCUUACUUGGCGUGAUUUUCGCGAGUGGGCUGCAACGAUUGGCCUUGUACUUCCAGCACACGUGCGGAGGGAUACUGCUACAACUCUUGGUUUGGGGCCAGGUUGUGAGCCAGAGACGGUGCCUUCGGUGCCAGACGGGGUGAUCGUUGCUGCAAGUGACUUGGCUGGGGACCCUGGGAAAGAUUCAGAUGGAUACGAAGAGCGGGCGACAACGUUAUCAGAGCUCCGAAAGGAGUUCAAACAAUAUAGAAAAAUAGCCAAGAGAAAACUGGACCGCCCCAACAGUCAACCGAAGAAACACUUGCACAUCACGAUGAGAUAG